AUUGCUAAAAGCAGCACAAAACCAUACUCCCUGACAAUUGCUUAAAUUGAUCAAUUACUUUAAAUAAUACUGAUUAUUUAAGAUAUGCAAAAUCAUGUUUAAAAAUAAAAUGGCUCAAUAUCAAAUAAAACCGUAAGUCCUGAAACAGGCGCUGAGAGAUACGAACAACUAUUGAUGUUUUCAUUUGUUUGUUGUUUAAUGCUGCUCUCAGCAGUAUUUCUGUUGCAUGACAGUCGGUUUUAGGACCCGACAAUCCAGUGAUCUAUGACGUGAGCCAGGGUAUGCGGCCAUGCAAUCAACCACCGAGUCUGACCACCCAACCAUUUGGCCACCUCCUACGCCCUACAUCGGCUGCAGGGCACCGAAAGUAACCCGAUAUCAUUCUGUGAUCUGAGACAAGUGCUGGGGACAUCCACUGAAGCCUCCUCAUCCAGACUACACAGUCCCACAAAUAGGCUGUCGCUGUGAGAAGAGUGGAACAACAUCACCUUACUUUGUCCUUUAUCCUCUCCAGAAUGGGUGGUGCAGAUGUGAAGAUAAUGUUGAGUAGGAGUCUGCUGUUCCUACAAGUGGUACUUGGUGUUUUGGGCCGGGAUUGUCCAGUCGGGAAAUAUGGAGAACACUGUCAACUGAACUGCAGCCGUUCCUGUUUCCCCGAUGCCAGACAGGAUGUGUACUGUGACAGACACAGUGGUAGAUGUUCUGAAGGAUGCCUGGCUGGAAGGUUUGGUGACAAGUGUCACCUGUCCUGCAGCAGGAACUGUGGGAGACUCAUCUGUAGCCAGCAGACUGGGUAUUGUACCAGUUGUAAAGGAAACAACACAGGGGAUUUCUGUGAGACCACCCAAGAAAGUUGUCAAAAACAAAGUGAAAGCAAGACGUCGCAAGAAUCUGCCACAACACCACUGGUUGUUAUACUUGUCCCUGUGUUCGCCAUCAUCAUCAUCAUCAUCAUCAUCAUCAUCAUGGCUGUACUCUUCAUGAGACACAGAAAAAGUAGAUGCCGUAAGCAUGACUCAAGUAAUGCGGAGGGGACACAACUGCUUGAAGGUGGUGCAGCAGACACUGACCUCCAGACUCCGGACACUGACCUCAUUGCUGCCUGCAGGGAGGGGAAUCUACAGAGAGUGAGGAACAUCCUGGAUCAGAGACUGGAGGACAUCAACAAGAAAGACUGCGGUGGGAUGACACCAGUGAUGUGGGCAGCAAGGAGGGGGCACAGAGAAGUGUUGGACUUGCUUGUGAAGAAAGGGGCUGAUGUGUCAGUAAAGGAUAAGGACGGACACAACAUUCUUCACUGGGCCUGCUAUGGAUCUAAUUUUGCAAUGGUGAAGUAUGUCCUGUCACUGGGCAAGGUGGACAUUAACAACACAGGACAGGACGGGAGGACACCGGCAAUGUUCGUAGCUCGGCAGGGAUAUAGGAAACUGUUUCAGUUACUUGUAAGUAAAGGGGGUUUCCCAUCAGAGAUUGACAAGGAUGGAAACAACAUCCUGAUACUGGCCUGUUGGGGUGGGAAUGAGGAGAUUGUGAAGUAUAUGCUCUCACAUAAAACUGUAGACAUCAAUGGUAGAGGACAGUCCAACAGGACUCCAUUGAUGGCAGCAGCAUACCGGGGAAAUGAAAAGGUGGUUGAUCUACUUGUGAAAGAAGGAGCUGAUCUGACACUACUAGAUGCUGCUGGAGACAACGUCCUCCAUGUGGCCUGUCUAGGGGGAUAUGAGGACAUUGUUAAGCGUGUCGUGGACUUGGUGGACAUAAGCAGACCAGGACAAUACAACAGGACGCCCUUGAUGAUGGCAGCAAGGCGGGGUGAGAAAGAAAUAUUUGAAUUACUUGUGGAGAAAAAAGCUGCAUCGUGUGUGGAUGAUGAUGGUAACAACAUCCUUCAUCUGGCCAGUGAGGGAGGACAUCUGGAGAUAGUGAAGUCUAUCCUCGAAAAGAAGGACAUUCUGGACAUCCACGCCAGGAACAAACACAAUGAAACAGCAGCCAUGCUGGCACCAAGGGGGAGUGAAGUGUCCGACCUUCUUGUGUCACGUUAUAAAGUUCUCAUGAAGUAAGUGAAACAUUGAGGGCAGGUGAAUACUCCAGCUGAGAACGUCUGUCUGACUUUGAUAGAAAGGUUAAAACUGUUUAACGGACCACCUCCAUGGGGAGACAGGUUGAUGAUGUUUUCCUGGUCCUCUGGUUACUUGAAAUGUUCUGGGAUGUUUUAUACCCUACAUGAAUAGGCGGAAGUCAAAUGAAGAUAAUCCAAUACAUUCCUAUGUAUACAUGCAGCUCUGAUUGGGUUAGUCUGAACUCAAUAACUAUUCCCAGUUCAAUCCAUCUGCUGACAGAAUAGCAUUUGUACUGAUAGAACAUGCAUUGAGUUCGUCAUGGCGGUGUUGUAUCUGCUGAUGUAUGCUUGAAUAUAUGGUGUAUACCCUGGUACUUUGUUAUGUUGAUCAGUAUAUUAGGUGCAAUUAGACUUGACUGACUUUACAGAUUGUUAUCUGAUUGAUUCAGGCGAGUAGCUUUUGUAUGUUUAGUGAGAGUAGUCAGCUUAUAGGCUAAGCAUGACAUCAUAAUGGAAGCCAGUUUUGAAUGAUAAUGUGUUGAAUGUGGAUAUUUUUUUAUCGGAAACAAAACCAUUAUAAACAUACAUUUGCUUCACAGUUGCGUACACCUCUUGGCUGUGUUUUAGAAGAAAUUAGUUUGUCACAAGAUAUUCAUAAAUUGAAUGUGUAACAUUAUUGAUAACUAUAUAAUGUAUUAUUUAUAUUUUUCUGCCUUUCAGAUAUUACUUGGUAUUUUUUGUAUUGGAACAAAACUGAAUCUAACAAUUGAUUCAGUCUGCCCCCACCUAACGCAGGUCUCACUGUACAUCCCUCGGCACUUGCCGGUUGCCAUUGACAACCAUGAUUACGAGAACACUUGAUGUCUUACAAAGCACCAGAUGCAUUCUGACACAUACGUCAUUUAUAUUUAUUUGCUCAAAUUCGAACACGUUUUAAUAUAAAUGUCAAUGAUGUUGUCAUGUCUGACUUUUGUCUAAAGCUUGAAUAAAAUAACUACAGUUUGA